AUGGGCAAAAAGUCGUCACGCGCCCCAAAGCUGGAGUUGGGACAGUCGAACUUCGACAACGCUUCAAAUACUGCCUUGCCGUCAAGCAGCCCGAAAAUCGCCACGCCAAUAACACCUGUGUCACCCUUAUCGGCCACCGGCUCGUCCCACAAAACCUCGUCCUCCAUUCGACCCGUGACCGCUCGAUCUGCUUUUCCCUCCGACAGAUCGAUCAAGACGGCGAAAUCCACGGGGCCCUCCGCUGGCAAGGAGGACGGAGAACCCCCUCCAAGUGCAGAUAUCACAGCCAUUCCUCCUUAUCCACCCUCGCCGAAAGAAAGCACAAAGCACGGCAGAGAUACUUCAAAAUCUUUCUUUACUAAUUUUAAAGCCUCGAGAUCUACCAAUCGAGUAUACAAUUCUGAUACUCCUAACGGCCGGACCGGCGAAGACAAGCCUGUUAGCCGCGGGAGCUCUAGAGACAGAGGGACCCAAAAAUCAAAAAAUCAGUCCAGUUUGUCAGCUAGCCCCCCCAAAUCCUCCGCCAACAGCGGUAAAAGUAAAGGGGAGAUUCCGGAUGACAAAGCCAGGCUUAAUCAGGUGGCCACCAAUGGGAAAGCAAUCGACGACGCUGAUCCAUACCAUACUCUGACCUCCAAAAGAAGUAAACCUCGAUUCGCGAACCUCCUCACCCGUACCCGCUCCAUUCGCGUUGAUGACGCCUUGUCCCCUGUUCGCCCAAGCGCCGCAAGACGACCCUCGAAUUCAUUGUUGCGGCUCGAAGAAAUCAGCAAGGAAGACGCCCGGUUGGCAAUGAAGACAGCCCCACUACAACCUGAACGAUCUUUCAAUGACGCCAUGGGCUCUACAGUGCGCAACCGCUCCGUAGACCGUCCACCCACUGAAGAUCGAUCUAAUAACUCGCGAAAGGAUAAAGGACAUAUCAGCUCAUCGCUUAACCAGGUUACGGGCUCGUCGAUAUUUAGCAAUAUCAAACAAACCUCCACCGGCGCAGCGGAUCGGCUUGGAAGAGCUGGAAAAGGGUUCCUGGGCAAAAUUACGAAAAGUGGUAGCAUUCAUGAACGAGACUCCAUCACUGAUGAUAACUAUGUUUGCUCCGUCAUUAACUUGCCACUCGUCGAACAAACCCGUCGAACGAGGAUAUCGAAGAGGCUCGAAGCGUCGAAAGAUAAAACCGAGUAUUGGAUGCCGGCCUUACCCUGGCGUUGCAUCGACUAUCUAAACUUCAAGGGCUGUGAAGAAGAAGGACUCUAUCGUGUGCCUGGAAGCGGCAAAGAUAUUAAGCAUUGGCAGCGGAGGUUUGAUACAGAGCUUGAUAUAAACCUUUUUGAUGAGCCAGAACUCUACGACGUGAACACGAUUGGAUCGAUGUUUAAAGCUUGGCUCCGUGAAUUGCCUGAUGAGAUUUUCCCGAAAGCAACGCAAGCUAUGAUCGCCGAGAAAUGCCCUGGUGCCACCAAAGCUCCGCAACUCCUUAAGGAUGAAUUGUCCAAGCUUCCACCAUUCAACUACUACCUGUUGUUCGCGAUCACCUGCCAUCUGAGCUUGCUCCAUUCAUAUGUCGACAAGAACAAAAUGGACUAUCGAAAUCUUUGCAUUUGCUUCCAGCCCUGUAUGAAAAUCGACGGGUUCUGCUUCCAGUUUUUGGUAUGCGACUGGAAAAACUGCUGGCAAGGUUGCUGGACGGAAAAGGAGCAUCUGGAAGUCGAACUUGAACAUGAACGGAAAUUGAAGGAGGCAGCGCUGAAGAAGACUGCUGCUCCCGCUGCCCCCCCUGUCUCCGAACCUGCCGCUGAAGAGCGAACGAUUUCGUCCUCUGGUAGUAGCCAGCCAAUGGAACCUGGCGGUUCGAGUGGUACCGCGACAAAGGCUUCUAGUCGUUCUACGAGUUUGAAAAAAGGACGCAAAACACCCCCGAAUAUUGAUAGUAACCACUUGAAAGUGGCCUCGCGACUUCCGGAGUUAGGGCCUCCGCUGUCGCCCAUUGAGAUUUAA